AUGGACGCCGGCGAAGCCCAGACGAAGGUCAUCGCCUGGCUGCACGAGGCCUCCGAGGCGUUCCAAAAAGUGCCUGGAUCUGCUGUCCUCAUUCGAUACAUCCAAUCGAGCUAUCAGAACGAUCCCAUCCGAUCCGGUAUCGAGCUCGUCCUCUUUAUAUUCUUCGUUCGCUAUCUUCUGUCGCCGUCAUAUUCCACCCAGAAACAAAACUUCAUCAAGCUUCGCGAUGAUGAAAUCGAUGAGCUAGUCGAAGAUUGGUCUCCCGAACCCCUCGUCUCUCCCCAGACAGCACUCGAGGAGAUCGAAGCUGAGAGGUUGCCUGUCAUUGUUGGACCUACCGGGCCUAAAACCAAGCUUGCAAACGGACGCACAGUCACGAACCUUGCCUCGUACAACUUUUACAACUUCAAUGCGAACGAACAAAUCAAGGACAAGGCCAUCCAGACGCUGCGCACUUAUGGAGUUGGUCCAUGCGGCCCUCCCCAGUUCUACGGAACCCAGGACGUGCACAUGAAGACAGAGGCAGACAUUGCCGCCUAUCUGGGUACAGAGGCUUGCAUUGUUUACGCCCAAGCCUUUUCCACCAUCUCCAGUGUCAUUCCCGCCUUUUGUAAGCGUGGAGACAUCAUCGUUGCCGAUCGUGCCGUCAACUACUCCAUUCGCAAGGGCAUGGAGGCUUCCAGAAGCACCAUCAAGUGGUACGCCCAUGGAGACAUGGACGACCUGGAACGUGUUAUCCAGAAGGUGGUCAAGGACCAAAAGGGAAAGAAAUUGACGCGAAGGUUUAUUGUCUCCGAAGGGUUGUUCGAGACCACAGGAGACAGUGCCGACCUACCCCGACUUGUCGAGUUGAAGGAAAAGUACAGGUUCCGCAUCAUUCUGGACGAAACAUGGUCAUUUGGCGUCCUUGGCCGGACUGGUCGCGGACUUACCGAGGCACAAAACGUUGACCCCUCCCAGGUGGACAUGAUCGCGGGUUCCCUCGCUGGACCCCUGUGCGCCGGUGGCGGCUUUUGCGCUGGUGCUAAGGAUGUUGUCGAGCACCAGCGUCUUACAGCGGCGUCUUACACUUUCUCCGCUGCCCUGCCUGCCAUGCUUGCCGUUACGGCCAGCGAGACUCUCAGUGUUCUGCAGUCUAACCCAGAUAUCCUUGCGCAGUGUCGGGACAACACCAAAGCUAUGAGGGCGCAACUAGACCCCCGCAGCGAUUGGGUCGUCUGCACAAGCUCGCCGGAGAACCCCAUCAUCCUACUCGUGCUCAAGGCUGAGGUCGUUGCGGCGCGCAAGCUGACAAGGGAGGACCAGGAACGCUUGCUGCAGGACUGCGUUGAUGAGGCGCUCGCCAAUGGGGUUCUCAUCACACGCCUGAAGAGCAUGCCUAUUGCCAACAACCUCGAUCCUAAGGACAACAGCUGGCAGAUCCAACCGGCGCUCAAGGUGUGCAUCACCACAGGCUUGCCGAGAAAAGAUAUCGAGAAGGCUGGUGUCACGAUCCGACACGCCAUCACCAAGGUUAUGACUAGGAAGUCGAGCUCCAAAUCGUCAUAA